AGCCAUCUUAGAAAACUAAAGUAGGACCCCCCCUGCAUGUUUUCUUCCAUGAAUCAGAGCCUGCUGAGGAUGGUCACGUUGUUCGGAAGAACAUCUCACCAUCUCAGGUUUCUGCUGGCUCCAAACUCUCCCAGCGUCCAACUCCACUGAUCCGGCUCUAAAUUUAGCCUUAAAGUCAGAAACAGGAGGAGAAAGUUCAGCAUAAACCCUGAGAGGCUCUGAAAAAUCCCAUCAUUCACAUCCAGAGAAUUAAUGAUCGAUUAAACCCGUCCUGCUGGAGGAACAUGGAAGCAGCCGGGAGUCCAGAGGAGUAGCAGGAUCAGUCUGCAGGAUCUUUCCAGGAGCGUCCAGAACUUUCCAAAGCAGCUGAAUGAUGAGCUGCUUCACUUUCUUAAUCCUCUGCAGCCUUUUUGUGUCUCAGUGCCACGGCGGCUGUGCCGAGGUGGACUCUCAGACCGAAGCUGUGGCAGGAGAAGGAUUCCUGCUCGGCUGCAUUUCCUGUAAGAGGAGAGAGGAGGUCUCUGCCAGAGCGACUGUAGACUGGCACUUCAAGCCUCUGGAAGAGGAUGAGUUCAGACAUAUCUUCCAUUAUGACCACCCCUCCGCCACCGUUCUCCAUCAGGACUUCAGCGACCGCCUCAGCUGGCUGGGAACGUUGGACGAAGACGUCCAGAUCGGUGCCGUUUACAUCCAGAAUGUCACCUUCAACGACAGCGGGACCUACCGCUGCACCUUCCACCGCACCCUCCUCCUGGCCCUGCAGCCUGAGCACGUGGUGGUGGAGAAGGAGGUGGAACUCACGGUGGUGGCUGUAGCCAAUCGAGAGCUGACAGCUAUAAUCUCAGAGAUUGUGAUGUACGUGCUGAUCGUGGUUCUGCAGCUGUGGCUCAUCAUCGUCAUGGUCUACUGCUACAAGAAGAUCUGGAACGAACACGAAGCUCGAGAAGAGAGGAAAGCUGUCAGAGCAGAGGAGCUUCUGUUGCAGUCAAAGGAGGACUUCUGUGACGGGGUCAUGGCAGAUUAGCUGGACUCCACGAGGUCUGGUUAGAGGCCCGCCUCAAGAGGAACUAUCAUUUCCUGAGAGACGGGCUUUUAGAAUCCGUCAUUAAGGAAGAUCAUCUCUGAAGAACGAAGGUUCUGUCCUGUUCAGUCGGAACCAAAACGUAAAGCGAGUCAAAGGCUUCCAUUAUAAAUAUGCUGCAUAAGCAGUUUAUCCUUUAAAGGAAAAGUCGCUCAGAUU